GUGCGCGGAGCCCCGCAGCCGCAGCAUGGGGCGGUUGUCGCGCGGGCGCCCUCUGCCGGCGGUGCUGCUGUGCGGCCUGUGCGGGCUGUGCGGGGCGGCGCUCAACUUCACCUACCACGGGCAGGCCGAGCUGGAAGGCUUCCUCCGCGCCGUGACGCGGGAGCACCCGGCUCUAACGCACCUGCACAGCAUCGGAAAGUCCGCCGCAGGUAGAAACCUGUGGGUUCUCGUCCUGGGAAGGUUUCCAACCAAGCACACAGUUGGGAUUCCUGAGUUCAAAUACGUGGCUAACAUGCACGGGGAUGAGACCGUGGGAAGGGAGCUGCUGCUUCAUCUGAUUGACCAUUUGGUCAGCAACGACGGACGGGACCCAAUCAUCACCCGCAUGCUCGAUACCACUCGCAUCCAUAUCAUGCCUUCCAUGAACCCGGAUGGAUUUGAGAGUAUCACAGAGCCCGACUGCUAUUACUCAGAGGGCAGGUAUAACGGAAACAGUUUCGACUUGAAUCGGAAUUUUCCGGAUGCAUUUGAAAAUAACAGCGACAUCAUUCAGCCGGAAACUCGGGCGGUAAUGAACUGGAUGAAAUCGGAGUCGUUUGUCCUCUCGGCUAAUCUGCACGGAGGAGCGGUGGUGGCCAGCUAUCCGUUCGAUAAUGGCAACGAAAAGACGGGAAUAUUGCAGGGCCAUAGCCUGACCCCAGACAAUGACGUUUUUGAAUAUCUUGCCUAUGUGUACGCCUCAAAGAAUUCCAAAAUGCAGAAAGGAAAUCAGUGCAAAAACAAUAAGAGCUUCAACAACGGAAUUACAAACGGGUACAACUGGUACCCACUCCAAGGUGGAAUGCAAGAUUACAACUACAUCUGGGCCCAGUGUUUUGAAAUCACACUGGAAUUGUCGUGCUGCAAAUACCCAUCAAUGAAGCAACUUCCGAGCUACUGGAAGGAUAAUAAAGACUCAUUAAUUGAAUACAUUAAACAGGUUCAUCUAGGUGUGAAGGGGCAAGUUUUCGAUCAAAGUAAAUCCCCCAUCCCCAACGUGAUAGUGGAAGUUCAAGGAAGAAACCACAUCUGUCCUUACAGAACCAACAGAUAUGGAGAAUAUUACCUUCUUCUCCUGCCCGGAUCCUACGUGAUUAACGCUACAAUACCGGGGCAUAACUCAAUGCUCAGGAAGGUCAACAUUUCAGACAGCCCCCGGAACUUCAGCGCUUUGAAAGUGGACUUUGAUUUCCCAUUCCCGAUGAAGCCAGCCUCCAAAACGACAGAUGAGACCUUCUGCCCCGAAAUCCCUCUUUACAUGAAUUUCAAAAGCCACGCGGAGGCACUGAAGCCUUGCUUGCUCUUCUUGUUCUUAUUGACUCUUUUGACUAUAACUUUUUAAAUAAAUUAAAAACACCAGUAGAAACCAUCGCUAUCCAACGCUAGGAUAAACUUAUCCAGCGAACUGUCCUUCCCUUUCGUGGCCGACCGCCCUGUCAGGAUCGUGUUGACCCCUUGGGAGAAGUAGUUAACUUCUCCCUGCGAUGGACUGUUUCUAAAUUCUACAGCUGCAUCCUCUGUGGUAACACUGAGGCCCUUUUUAUCUCAUCUCGACCCUCGCCGGAAGAGGUCGCGAAGACCGGGGUCAGUUCAGGUGCUGUUCAAAAUAAUGCCGUUCAACAAUUCACGCACCCACGGUUACUUGGAAGCUUUUCCUUCCAAGUCACUUGAGGUGCGAGAUUAUCUUGCCUUUCACCACAUUUACAGGGCUGAGAUGACAAGUCAGGGGCUACCACUGCAGAUCCGUCUGACCCACUACCCCCUCCACUCCAGACUCUACUUCAGCCCUGACUCCUGGUUCAACAUGUGCAUUGACUUCUUGCCUUAGUUUAUAGACACCUCCCAAAACACACACACACAAGGGCUUGUGGAUUCUAUACAAGACACAACUUACUGUGGACACUCAGUAAGUCUAUAGGGCACCAGGCAAUCUUUGGACAAUGAUCCUUUCCAGAAAGCUAAGUUGGUAAUUUCCUUCCCAAGAGAAGGUCUCUCACCCUAGAAUCAGCCGGAAUAACAGCGUCUCCCUCCUUGAUGACGCUCACUCGAUUUCCACCGCUUGGCCUGCUGCCGUUUGCACUUUAUCUAAGGGUGGGUGGGUGGAUGGAUUUGCAUCUUCCUCCCAACCAACCUCCUGUAACCAUCUGCAGAAGCUUAAUGCCAAAAAACUCUUGAAGCCAAAAAGCCUGUGUUUUGCAAAGUUUAUAUUAAUGUAGAAUAGUUUUACACAUCUUUGUUAAAUCAGAUCGACUGGACAUUUUGAUCACUUUAAAGAAUUUUGUACUUUUACUCAUUAUAUAGAAAAUACAGUAUAUUGCACAAGAGUCUAAGCCAUUAUUAAACUAAGAUUGUGAAUUCCA